AUGUCUGCCAGAAGCCUCAGAAUCGAGAGCACAGCGGGAAGCAGAAAUGGGAGCACGCGGGUGGGGGUGGGCGUGGGGGUGGACAGCCCAGGCGGGGCGGUGGAGGCGAGCGUGCAGGUGGGCACGCAGAUCACGGUGUCGGGCGUCAGCCUAGACAUUAAUUUCGACGCCCUCCGCUGCUUCACCUUCCCCAAGGCCGCGCUCAAGGCGCUCAAGGCGGGGCGGGGCGUGCAGGUGUGGUGGAACGGGCUCAAGGGCGGCAGCAAGAGUGGAAGCAAGGGCGCGGGGAGUACGCGUGGGAAGGAGGCGGGCACGGAGGGGCGGGCGGCGGGGGCGGCGUGCAAGCAGGUGCAGUUCUUUGCCAACCCCGCCUGCAAGGGCAAGGCGCUGGAUGAGGUGCUGAAGCCGCAAUACGCCGGCCUGCGCAAAUUCUUCAACGUUCCCAGCACAAAGAAGAUCUCCCGUUGGACUUCUGUUUCCUGCACGCCUGACGUAACCUGCCAGCACGCCACGUGUCCGAGCAACUCCACGUGCAUGCCAACGAGUGACAGCAAGGGCGUCACCUGUGCUUGCAACCCGGGCUUUGCUGCCAACAAUGGCUCUUGCCUAG